UCUGCAGGGGACAAAGAGAAGCUGGUCAGGUGUACUGAGUCUCAUUCACCCUGGUCAUGACCGCAGCUCAAUGCUGAUAGUUCUGCAAGCAGGGAGCAGAGCGAGUGAGGGGCAGUCACGGGACGCAGGAUGGUGAAGUGUUGGAAACAUUCUGACAACAGUUUGGAGGAAGCACAGUGCACGGAUGGGGGCUCGGCUGCGUCCCCCAAGUCCUACUUUCCACAAAAGGCACUCUGGUUCAGCCUCUCUGCUUCUCUGCUCCUCAUCAUCACUGUCCUCAGUGUGAUGAUGCACCUCAGGGUGCUGCAGCCUCGUCCUCAGUCUUCACAGAUUGUGCGGAUCACGGUCCCAGAUCAGACUGGAGUCCUGAUCAACCAAUCAGCUGUUGUGGACCAGAAGAAUCACCUGGUGACCUUUUCUGUGACCUCAGCAGCAAAUCAGACGUCGACUGUGCUCUUUGAUAUGAAACGUGGUUUGAUAUGUUACAAACCUGCAGAGCAUCAGAGCUGCUUCCUGCGUCAAAUGGAGAAGUCUGACUAUGACAACGUCAACUCCCUCCUCCACCAGUCAACGGACAAGAGCCAGCUAGAGCUGUCACGGAACGACACCCAGAGGCAGAUGGAGUUCCUUGGAGUGCUAGCGACCAGUCAGGUGGACGUGUCCACGCUGGAGGAGCCUCUCCAGGCUCUGUGUCAGGACAGAUCCAUCCACUGGACCAGGAGGGCAGAGGGCCCGGGCAAACAGCGACUGGUCUACUUCUGCAUCGACAUCUGCUUUCCCAGCAACAUCUGCGUGUCUGUGUGCUUCUACUACCUGCCUGAGUGACUGUUAUUCUCCUCCCGGCCCUAAAGAUCAGGGAAACAAAGUUGUCUUUUUAUCUCCCUCCUCAAGAAAAAAAAAAAAAAAAACAGAAAGAAGAAACCGAACAAAAAGCAGCUUUGAGCGUUUCCUUUGUGCCAUACAGCCGCCAGCAAACCAGUGAAGCAGCCAACCCUCCCAGUCCAUUUCCGAGAGAGAAGAGAUGGGAGACAGGCUGUCACUGUUAUCACCAGAGCCUCAUCAUCACCCCCUUCAUGUCUAAUACCCUCUCUGGUGGCACGCUGUGGAGAUUACAGGAGAAAGAGCCCCUUUUUUUUUCUUUUUUGUAUUUCCUGUAACUCUCUGCUGCUGUGUAAUUAUGUGUAACUGUCCCUUUUGCAACAAGAGUGUUUUUCUGCUGCCCAAUAAAAGACUGUUGUGUAAA